GAGGAGGUGACCGGAGAGAAAAGUUCACUUCUGCGUGCGCAGGUGGAUGAAGCAGGUGCUUAUAAGAAGGAUUAUCAAUGGCAACAAUUAGACCAAGGAAACCUCCUGAAAGGGAUGCAAUUGAGUAUGCAGCCCAGUCCCAUGACAAGACUGCAAAGUUAGAGGUGAAGUUCAUCAACUCUUUUAAAGGUCGAGGUGUGUUUGCCAAGGCCCCAUUCCAAAAAGGAGAAUUUGUUGUGGAGUACAGAGGGGAGUUAAUAAAUUCUGAAGAAUCGGAAAGGAGGAGGAAGAUAUAUCAUAGAAGAUGUGCUGUGUUCAUGUUUGACCUCUACUGGAAAGAGAAAACAUGGUGUAUCGACGCAUCUAGAGAAGAUGGUACUCUGGGAAGAAUAGUCAAUGAUGACCACAAACAACCGAACUGCAAAAUGAAGAAGGUCUUAUCAGAGGGCAAGCCACACCUCUUUCUCUUUGCAUUGAAAGACAUUUCUGUUGGAGAAGAAAUUACAUACGACUAUGGAGGGACUGAUUGGCCUUGGAGGAAAGAGGUUGCUGGACAUUCAACUGUCGCUGUCACUGACACUUUUGAGGCUGAGAUCGCCAUGACUCCUGAGAAGGAUCCUCAGAGACCACCAUUCUUCAAGAGCCAGGUACUGAUUUGUGUUUGA